CAUAAAUACACUUCAGGACAAUCCUAUCCUAUAGAACGAUUGUAUCUACAUCCAUUGUACGAUGAAAGUCGAUCAACAAAUGACAUUGGAAUUAUCAAACUUGCAAAACCUAUUCAAUUUACAAAUCAAGUACAACCAAUAUGCUUAGUGGAAAAUGUAUGUUAUGAUGUUAGGUUAAUAAUGAGUUAAAAUUCCAUCUAUUAUCGUUGGUGAGAUGUCGCCACAACAGUGGUCACAAUGGGUCUGUUCGUAACUGAAACAUAUCUCCGUCAAAUUAAUUGAUGACGGAAAUUAAUUAGCUCGGAACGGUCGUAAAAUGACGAAAACACAUGUGGCUAGAGGCUAAUAGAGCCGGAUUGUUAAUAUUUUACUAUCCCGAAUAAUGGUGAGCGCCAAAAGUCAAAAAUUCGAAAAAGUCUCAUUAACUUCCACAAAGAUGUCUCUCUGACAAUAAAUUUAGACAGAAUAUCAGAAAUAUGGUUUUAUCAGCCUCUAGUCACAUGUGUCAGCUUUAAUUAAAGACCGUCCCGAACUCUCCAUCAUGUUGCGUUACCAAGAAAUCCUGCAGCUAUGAGAUGCUGUCAAGGUGAAAGUCGGUUUCCAGCUAUCGCGGCGCUAGCGUCUGAUACAUAUUUUAGGGCUUCUAGCAAAACUCUCAUAACUUUACUUCAUCCGGAGCUGGGUGAUGGCUUUUUUUGAUUAGAAAUGUUACAUUUUAGCGUUAUUGCAAGUAUUUUUGGAUGUAUUUUUUUAUCAGAAGAUAAAAAGGUUCAAAUAACUUGACAAUUUCUUUUUCUAGAUAACGGAACCACCGUUGGAUGAAACUGUGUUUGUAGCAGGAUGGGGGAAUACAAUUAUUGACGACUGGAAUAGUGCAAGUGAUGUAUUAUUACAAGCUCGUUUACGUGUAAUUAGUGAUUGUUCAAUGUAUUUUGCUUAUACACAUCAAGAACAAAUUUGUACGAUGCCCAACAGUUUUUCUGUUAAUGAUCACGGGUCAUGUCAAGGCGAUAGUGGUGGUGGCUUAUUCUAUAAUAAAAAUAAUCAAUGGUAUGUUGCUGGUGUUGCGAGUUAUGCCAAUGGAUGUGGCCAGUACAGUUUUCCAACAGUAUUUACAAAAACAAGUGCAUACAUUAAUUGGAUCCGUUCAAUUAUCAGUAGUUAA